AUGGAGGGCUUGAUCCAAAAUCGCAUCAGGCAACGGCAGCCGCAAUUGAAUAUAGACAUAUCUGAUCUGUUUUCCGCUACGAGCUCUGCAACAGACUCCAACUGUAGCGACUCUGGACCAUGCGACUUAUAUUCUCCUUAUAGAACUAUUACGGGAUACUGCAACAAUUUAAAACAACCUAACUUAGGAACUACUUUGUCUAAUUUUAAUCGGUUACUGCCCAGUGCUUACGAAGACGGAAUUUCGGAGCCAAGGAUAACAGCAGUUAGUGGAGAUCCAUUACCAAAUCCAAGAACAAUUUCUACAACUGUCCAUCCAGAUGUCACUCAUUUAAGUACCAGAUAUACUUUGUUGGUUAUGCAAUUUGCUCAAUUUUUGGACCAUGAAAUCACGUUUACACCUCUUAAUCAAGGAUUUCAGGAAUCUAUCCCAUCGUGUAGACCCUGCGACAGCAAACAAACCGUACACCCCGAAUGUAACCCUUUCCAAAUCCCACCAGAUGAUUAUUUUUUCCCUCAAUUCAAUAGUACUACCGGCAAACAAGCCUGUUUUCCGUCUAUGAGGACUUUAGCGGGGCAAACUUAUCUAGGUUCCAGGGAACAAGUUAAUCAAAAUACUCCUUAUUUGGAUGGAUCUGUGAUAUACGGCGAGAAUAACUGCGUAUUUCAAAUGGUUAAGGGAGAGAAUGGAAGAUUAAACUCGUCAGACCUGGGAGAUGGAUCUAAAGAAUUGCUCCCACGGACCGCAACUCACCCAAAAUGCAAAUCGCCCUCAGGGUUAUGUUUUUACGCCGGAGAUGGUAGGGCAUCGGAACAAGCAGGACUGACCAUGAUUCAUACGAUUUUCUUGAGAGUACACAACAGUAUAAAUGAUGCCUUCCAAGUUUUAAAUCCAUCCUGGAGCGCCCAUAAACGAUUUAACGAAGCAAGAAGGCUAGUUGUUGCCAUCUUCCAACACAUCAUUUACAACGAAUUUCUACCGCGGAUAUUGGGUGAAGAUGCUUUGGAAAAUUUUGGACUUAGGCUACUAUACGACGGAUUCUACGACAAAUAUGACCCAACCUGCAGUCCGGACACCCUUACAGAAUUUGGGGCAGCCGCAUACAGAAUUGGUCACUCACUUCUACGGGCUGAAAUUCCAAUGUUAGACAAUAAUUUCAAGCCCGUUUGUCCUCCGCUUCUACUAAGAGAUUCCUUCUUUGAUACCGACAUACUUUUCACGCCGAAUAUCAUCGACCACAUAGCGCGUGGUAUUAGUGCUACACCAAUGGAAGAUCUAGAUCGAUUUAUUACUGAGGAAGUUACCAACCACUUGUUUGAAAAUACAAAAAUACCCUUCACCGGGGUGGAUUUAAUCUCCUUAAACGUUCAGCGAGCGAGGGAUCACGGUAUUCCCCCUUUCAACGACUAUCGCGAAUAUUGUAAUUUAAACCGAGCUGACACUUUUGAUGAUUUAGCAGACACAACCCCUGCGGAUGCCAUAAAACAAUUGAAACAAAUUUAUCAGAGCGUGGACGAUAUCGAUCUAUUUCCCGGUGGAUUGACCGAAUCUCGGUUACCAGGUGGUCUGGUUGGGCCCACCUUCGGAUGCAUUAUUGGGAUUCAAUUUAGCCGCCUAAGACAAUGCGAUCGAUUUUGGUACGAAACCUCAGAUCACGUGGUAGGAUUUACGAAGAAACAAUUAGCCGAAAUCAGAAAAAUAACUCUUUCUAAAAUUAUAUGCGAUAAUAUUGACGGUAAUAAUGACAUACACGCGAGUGCGUUUGAUAUACCGUCAGAUUCAACAAAUCCAAGAGUGGCAUGUGAUUCGCUUCCCGCACUGGAUCUUUCUCCUUGGAAAGAAAAAAAAAAUAAGUAUACUGGAUAA